GCUACUUGCACAGUAACCGGCUAUCCUUGUAUUCAGUUGUACAUGUUGAUGAGAUGCAAUCUGGAGGAGUCUCUGACAAAAAUGCUCUUGCCAAUGCGGAGCGAAAAGACUACUACGGCAUCCUUGGGGUGACCAAAACCAGCUCAGAAGCCGAGAUAAAGAGUGCCUAUAGGAAAUUGGCCAUGAAAUACCACCCAGACAAGAAUCCGAACUCGCCAGAAGCGGCUGAGAAGUUUAAAGACAUUUCCAUUGCGUUUGCAGUUCUCUCUGAUCCGACAAAGAAACACCGUUAUGACUGUGGGAUGGACUCCACGGAUAACUUCGAUGGAAUUAAUGUGGACGAGAUCGGAUCCGUCGGCAGGCUGUUCGGCGCCAUGUUUUCGAAGCUGGGAGUGCCUCUGCCCACUCAAAUAUCACCGAAUGUGCUUGGCACUGCGCGACAGAUCUGCAGGAAGGAAUCUGAUGCGCGAGUACAGGAGGUUGUGUUAGGUCAAACAUACAAGGCGACCAUUCCCAAGAGUGAGGCGGCAUGGUACUGGCUGGAGGUUGACGAACAGACGAGUGAAGCGGGAGUGCUGGUGCAUUGUCUGUCCACAGCCAGCAGCAAGUACAAAGUCAUCCUGUUCGACAAGGACGGAGGCACCCGUCAGUUCGAGGACAGCUCUAAGAAAAGCAGACUGGGCACAGAGGUGGACAUGUACUUUGUGUCGUGGGAUAGGUUCAACUUGUCAGACCUAUUUCCACUCAAGUUCAUGACAGAAGACGAAGUGCCAAUCACAUUCCGCCGGCUAGACGGCUUCGAGUCCAGUCUCAACCUACUGCUAAAUCCAGGUCGCCACCUCUUCUGUGUUUACGGUGACAACUGGAUCAAUGAUGUCAAGUUCCAGAUCCAGUUCUUGGCUUGUUGUCCGAGGGAAGGAGAAGCGGGUAAUAUAGUCCGCAACAUCCAGGAGACCGAAAGUAAGAUGAGCCGAAAAAAGACGCAACUGCAGAAGUUCCAGACUGAGUACAUGGCGGCCAAGAAAGCCUUCGAAGAGGCUGAAAAGAAGCUAAAAGAGGAAAGCGAUGAGAUAACCCAGUUGUUAAAAGACAGACAGAGUAGCUACGACAAGUACAAACAGAUGGCCAAAGACAAGUAUGCUCAAAGACAACUUCAACAGCAGCAGAUGAAUGGAGCUAAUGGGGCAGCAGGCGCCGGAGGCAGUUGGUUUGGAUCCAUAUUCGGCUCCUGAGGAGAAUCAACAGCCCAUGACAUACUUGACUGCAUCUUUGGUUUCAAUGCCUCACAUGUAUUGCAAUCUGGUCGUUCGUUUUGCCCCUUUCCCGCUGAGAAAAGAGUUCAAAGAAAGGCUAACUGACUUACCGCAAGAAAACUGGAACAGACUGUAUAUGGAGUUAUCAAUUUGUGGAAGCCGAUUUAUAAAUCAAGUUUUUGCUGUUUGUUGUUUAUACUUCAAAGGUAAACUCCACCUGUGGCGUUUAUUGCAAUUAAUUUGCUUGUUGGUUUAAAAUUAUAAUUGCUUAGUUUUUGAAUUUAGUUUGACACAUAAAUCAUAUAUGUAUAACUGUAAAUGAAGUUCUUCACAAGAAAAAACAAUCGAUCAAUAUCACAUCCUAAAAUUGCAGUUGCGAUGGUUUGCGUCCCCAAAAAUUUGUAGUCUUCUCUCAUUUCAACUGUUCAAAGUUAUAUUGGAUGAAGUUCAAAGAAUAAUAGUUUUCCGUGUUCUGUUUUUUUUCUGGUAUUACGACGAAAAAGUUGAUCAAUUGUGUCAUUUCUCGAUUGCGCAAAUCAUUUUUAUUCUAAAUCGUAUUUAUUGCAAUGUUAGAGAAAUUGAAUUGAAUUUACUUUUCUUGAUUUUUGUCUGGAACUGCGUUUGCCCUUAGCCUUCAAGAUGAUAUGCUUCUUGGUUUGCGUUAAACCCUCAAAUACAAGAAAAUUAGUACGUUGCAGAUUUGAAUUAUUUCUAAAUUUAACUGGGGCUAGAGUUUUUCAAAAAUAGCGUCUGGAAUAAAAAUAAU